AUACAAAACUUACUUUCAAAGCUAUAUUUAAUUUCUUUUGACCCUGGAAUGGUAUGAUAUUGGUAUAUGUAGAUAUAUGUAUGUGUGGGUGUGUAUAUAAAGAGCACUACCCCACUUUGAAAUUUAUAAGAAACAAACACAAAAAAAGAGUCAUGACAAGAAACAGGGUGAAGAUGGCUUACAUAGAGAAUGAGACUUCAAGGAAGGCAACAUUCAGGAAAAGAAAAGGAGGUAUCAUGAAGAAAGCCUUGGAGUUGUCAACUCUCUGUGACGUCCCAAUAGCCGUAAUCGUCCAGAGCGAGUACAACUCGGUCCCUGAGGUGUUCCCUCCAUCGAGACAAGCUAUGGGAAACGUGGUGGCCAGAUGGGAUUCGUUGCCGCUCGUUGACAAGACCAAGAAGAUGAUGAACCAAGAGCAGUUUAUCCAACAGAGGAUCACCAAAGCAACUGAGAGUUGCAAGAAGGUCGCGAAGGAGAACAAAGAGUUGGCGAUGAAGGAGGUCAUGUAUGAUUGUCUCCGUGGCGACACUGCGCCAUGUGAUCUUGGUGAGGGUGAACUUCGUGAUUUGGGUGGUGUUAUUGACCAGUAUAUCAAAGGUCUUAAUCGUAGGAUCCAGGUUCUUAUGAGGGACCAUGCAUCGUCCUCCACCUCUGUUGUUCCUGAUGCUGAUGUUGCAACAUCUGUUGCCAUGCCUACAGCUGAGAUGGGUUCUUCCUCAAACGUCAAGGACUUUGAUCUGAAUCAGACACAGAGUGAGUGAUUUGUGAGCAUCGUUAGCGGUCUGCCGGUCUCAACCAUGUUGAUGUUUCGGUUAUUUAAGCUUCAAUAAAAAUAUGUUUUAAGUACUUUUGUUUUAAUUACAUGUGUGUUUCGUUGGUUUGACAUGUAAUAUUCUAGUUCAUCUUCAAUAAAAUUUCAUUUU